CCAUCCCCAAUCUGACCUCUGCCCCCCAAUUUCCUUUUACCCUCCUCUCCCAAAACCACCAUGCUCACAAUGCUCAGUCUGUGUGUACUGCAUGUGAACACAGUGACUGUAUUUUUUAAUUACAGGAGUACCUUAUGCUAUGGUGUUGGAUGCUGUGUUGUGUUUAACACGCUCUUUGUAAGUAUUAUUGGCUCAGCGCAAUGCUGAGCAACUGAUGUAAGUCAAAUGGCAUUUGACAUCACUAUAUAUUUUCCUUUAAACAUAGAGGAUGUGCCAGAUUGGAUACUGCACAUACAGAUGUCUUCCCUCUUAGAUUUCAUGAACCCGGUUGGAAAUGUUUUAAAGGAAUCCUUUUAACAGCAUUUGCCAGGCUGAAAUUCUUUCUCUGAAGUGUUAUUUACAUUUAUAUUUCCAUGUAAAUAGCGUGUUUGAAACCCAAGAGCGGGUGACAUACGUUAUCGCGACUGCAGAAGUAAAGAACAUGCCAAAGAGAGAGAGGUGAUGUGACUGAUUACAUCCCUUCAUGCACAGCAGAUUUCGCGGCAGACGGAUCCUCUGGCUCAAAGGGCUGCUGCUUUUUCUCUCACCUUCUGACUUUGUGCCUUAAUGAGGCGCUCUCCAGAGUUCUCAGCCUUGAGCCUUUCGUCCAGUUCUGUCCAUCAUCGUGCCGGUCCAGUCCAGGGCUUACUGUGAGGAGAGGGCUCGUGAAUUUGGGAGUUAAGGUACAAGCAGUGAUGGUGGUUACUCAGUCUUACCGCUGGGCGCCUGAUGUGAUUUGUUUUAUAAUCCUCAGGCUUUGAUUGAUGCUUUCAAAUGCCUGCAGAUUGCAUUAUAAACAGAGCUACAUUAUCACUGCUAUGCCUAGGAGAGUUCUGUUUUCUUUUAAAAAUAGAUAUAGUCUAUUUUAGGACCUUGAAUACUUUGCAGCUAAUUAUACAUUUAUGCAGGUUUUUGAAAAGAAAAAAACUGAAUACAAAAGAAAGAAGACAAUGAGAUCAACUGAUAAACCACUGGUUUGAAGAUGAAGAUGGGCUUCCAACCAUUGGCCCAUGUCCUUUGGGUACCAACAGUGUCUAGAAGAUGCCAUACUGCCCUCUGGUGGUCACUUUAGAAAAUUAUUAAACAAUUUUCCAUCUGCAUUAAACAACUUCGUCCUUUUUAACACGCGCCGUCACAUUUUUAACAAAAUACAACAAGUUUAGCACUACAGGCAGUGGUGUAAAACAAAUACUUCACUAGAACUUCCAUAGAUGAGCUCUGUUCUUUAAGACAGUUUCAGCAGUGAUGGGGUGAUAAUAAGAAAUAAUAUUUUCAGAAAUUAAACUUCCUGUGGUGAUUCAUAUGGUGAUUCAUAUGGUGCCAGUGCUAUGUAUUAUUUUAGUCCUGAGCUGUUUAAAUUGGGAACAGGGCUGCAGAGCUUGCCUGUGUGUCAUAAGAAAUUAUUUCAUGUUAGUGCAUCCAUUGGGGAAAUGCUAAUCUUUAAUCCAUUUUUGCUUAAUUUGUCUUGUAAAUAGGAGACUGCACUGCAUGGCUGUGGAAUUCAGUUCUGUAGCAAAGGCGCCCCAGGAGCACACCUUCAGGAGCCGCGGUGAUGAGACGGGUCAGAGAUUGAUGGGCGUGGAGAAUGGGCCAGCUACUCGCCUCCCCAUAGCUGAAGUAAAACAAUCGGCACUCAGACCUGUGUGUCAAUCAAACAAUCCAAGAGCUCACAGGAGGCAAGAGAACCGAGAGGCUGAGAUCCGAAAACAAAGGGAGAGUGUGUUCCCCCACUUUAUCUUUUUAAGAGCAGGGAACACCGUGUGCCCCUCAGACAGCUCUGCGGCUAGACUCCCCGUUCUGCCCUGCCAGGAAGUUUUUGGAGGGGUAGAGAGUGUCGGAAGUGGAAGCAGAAAAUGGCCAUCGGGUUUCAGACGUGGUUAUGUGUGCUGGUGGCUGUGAUUUCUCAGGCCAGCUGUGUCACCAAGACGGGGCAGCAGGAUCCAAACCCAGCUGUUUUGUACCCAUGGAGACGGGGAACAGGGGGCAGGGCAAUCACGGGCCUCAGCAGAGUCAAAAGAGACUGGAUCAUUCCCCCCAUCAGAGUCUCCGAAAACAGCAAGCAAGUCCCUGAAUACCUGGUCCAGAUCAAAUCAGACAAGGUUUUCACCAGUGAGGUCAUCUACAAACUGGAAGGGCCAGGGGUAGACCAGGAGCCUAAAGACUUCUUUGAAAUUGAGGACCACACCGGAUGGAUCAAGAGCAAGAUGCCCCUCGACAGAGAAAAACACAGCAGUUUCAAGCUCAAAGCCUUUGCCCUGUCACCAAGUGGAGAGCGACUGGAGAGCCCGUCGACCAUAGAGAUUGUGGUGUUGGACCAGAAUGACAACAGGCCAGACUUCACCCAGAAACAAUUUGUCGGAUAUGUCCCAGAAUUCUCUAUACCUGGUACCGCUGUCACAAAUGUGUCGGCGACAGACGCUGACGACCCAGCGACGGAGAACGCAGCGCUGAGCUACUCCAUCAUCCGGCAGGAGAGCAUCCCCCCCCUCCGCGUCACCAAGACCAUGUUCGGCAUCAACAACCAAACGGGGAUGAUCUACACGCGGGACGUGGGCCUGGAUCGAGAGGAGGUGAAGGCCUUCAAACUGACGCUGCAGGUGGCUGAUAUGUCCGGAGAGGGACUGUCAGAUGUGGCUUCUGCUCUCAUACACGUCUCAGACAUCAAUAACAACGCUCCUCAGUUUGUCUCUGACCACUACACAAUGAUAGCUGUGGAGAACAGAAUUAAGGAGGAGAUUGGCAGAGUCAGUUCAACUGACAACGAUGAACCAAACACAGAAAACUGGAGAACUAAGUAUACCAUCGCCCAAGGGGACAUGAAUGGGCACUUUUCUGUCCGAACAGACCCCACCACAAAUGAGGGAAUUAUAUCUGUGGUGAAGCCUCUGGACUAUGAGUCUCAGAAGGAGCAUCAGCUAAUCCUGACCAUCGAGAACGAGGCUCCACUCAGUUCCAAGGCACCCCAGGAGGCCGCCAGCAGUGCCACGGUAACCAUCAUAGUGACCAAUGAAAAUGAGGCCCCGCGCUUCAUAAAAGACCCAAUCAGGUUGGAGGCCCUGGAGUCAGCUGCUCCAGGAACCACACUGGCCCAAGACAUUGCCUUUGACCCUGACAAUGCAAAACUGAGAUAUGAAGUUGAGUAUGACCCUGAGGAGUGGCUCUCAGUAGACCCUGAAACUGGAGAAAUCAGAACCCAAAAGGCAUUCAACCUGCGGUCACCCCAUGUUAAAAACGGCAUAUACCAUGCUGUGAUCAAAGUUACAGACACUGACCUGGGCGGUGUCUCCGCCACAGCCUCCGUGGAGCUCACGCUGCAGGAGACCAAUGACUUUGCGCCGCAGCUCUUCCCUCUUAGCGGCACCGUGUGCCGCAACUCCGCCCAUGCUGGCCUUCUCCUGAGUGCCAAAGACCAGGACCAGGCGCCCCAAGCUGAACCCUUCACCUUCCAGCUCAUUUCUGACUUGGAGGGAGCCCUCAACUGGACCGUAGUCCAGGUCAACGAGACACACGCAGUCUUGCAAACUCUGACAGAGGUGGAGUCGGGCCUGUACUUUCUCCCAGUCUUAGUGUCUGAUGCGGGCACGCCCACUCUCUCCGCUGCCAGCGUGGUCAAUGUGACGGUGUGCCACUGUGACCAGGCCGGUGAAUGUAAGGCCAUUGCGGCAGCAUUCCUCUCCACUAAAGUGGGGCUCAGCUUCGCCGCCCUACUGGUCAUCAUCGGCAGCGUCCUGCUCCUGCUCUUACUGCUGCUCCUGGUGGUCGCAGUGGGGAACUGCAGACGGCAUCACUUACAGAAGGGAGCGCUUUUAGGAGGGGUGUCAGAUGAUGACAUUCGUGACAACAUUCUGAACUAUGAUGAGCAGGGCGGCGGAGAGGAAGAUGAGAAUGCAUACAACAUUGAGCAGCUGAGGAACCCCAAUGAGGUGAUCCCCCCUCCAGGCUCGGCCCUGCCUAAAGGGAAACAGCCUCUCCGAAAAGACGCCCCCCACAAUUUACCCUCCCCUGCCUACCCACGGAAAGCCCCAGGAGACCCCACUGACAUUGAGGACUUCAUCAAUGACGGCCUGGAUGCAGCGGACAGCGACCCCAACGUACCGCCUUAUGACACGGCGCUCAUCUACGACUACGAGGGGGACGGGUCCCUGGCGGGCAGCCUGAGCUCCAUCGCUUCGGCCAGCUCGGACGGGGAUCACGACUACGACUACCUCAAUGACUGGGGACCGCGCUUCCAAAAACUGGCCGACAUGUAUGACCCACGUUAGAGAAGACGCCCAGACCAAACGUUCACCCCCUCGUCUCCCUCUGACAACCAGUUCCCCACCCUUACUGCUCCAAACCCGUCCCACCCCACUCAGGAAAGGUCUGAACUCUUGGUCUUCCCAUUGGGAAUGAAGCAGGACUCACAGUUGAAGUGAUUGGUUAAUGCACAAUGCUUUUGCCCAUGAGGAUAAAGGUACACUGACGAAGGUCAAGUCCAGUAAAUGAUGGAAAUCAUAGGUGUUGCUUUUCAAGAAUCUGUUCAUUUUCUGAGAGGAGCUGAUGUGACAGCAACAUGCAUUGCAAUGACAUUCAGCGUGUUGUUGAUGCGGUUUGGAAGAAGUUAGUCUUAUCUAAACCAUAUAGGUGUUUUGUGAUUUACAAUCAUAUGAUUUGACAGUAAACUUUCAAGCGGUGGGAAGUCUUGGAUUGUAAGAUGUCCAAAAACAAUUGGAGAAGUUAUACAGGUGGGACAGAGGGGGCAAGGUAGGGAAGGGGCGAGGUGGGGCAGGGUUAGGUAGCCAAAAACCUGAAGCCAGACUAGCGAGGAAUGGGCAGAGAGGGCUGGUGGAGAUUCAACAUUUAUUGAGGCUGAUUUUUUAAUACUGAAAUAAGUAUAGGGGACUGAGAGAAGCUCCUAAAAUCCCCAAUAAAUAAAUACAAGUAAAAAAAAAAAAGGAUUCAUUAAAGUUCACUGUUGCCAGUGCACGUGUAUGAAUAACUGAACGGGUUUACAUUGUUAGGUGACCACAAGGGCUAGGACACCUGAGUCAGGAGUUUGGAAUGCAGUCAAGUACUUAUAAACAAACAGUACUUAAACAAUAGUAGUGUUUAAGAGAGCUUGAGAAAGGGUAGAGAAAGUUGUUUCUGUGUGUCCUGCCCUCUUUGUUCUUUUGGAGUUUGGGAGAUAAAUCUUUGUAUUCAGAUUGAGGAAAGUAAUUCUGGAUAAUAUGAAGAAGAAGGGGAGAAAAGGUGAAAAGAACCGCCUUUGUCUUGGAAAAACGUAUCAUAUAUUUAUUGAUAUUUUCUUCAUUUUUAAUAUUUGUAUUCAUUCCAUUUUACCUAACAGUGCUCAAAGAACACAGACCACAAGCACUACAUGUGGUUUGUAGUAACGAUACAUUAGUAAGCCAUUUCAACAAACCUCCUAAUUGUAAUUAUUAAAUACUUCUAUCACUUGUUUUUAUAAAUGUUAUGGAAGUGUCUGUAUAUUUGAUUUAAAUGUCACAAAGGGAAAAGGAAAUGACACGUGAGCUUUAAUACUUUAGUACUUAUGUGUAAAGAGUUUGAGAAAAAUAGUGUAAAGAAAUUUCUCCUGAUUUAUGCCAGCCUUUGUGUCCAAUCACUUCUCUGUUUAAUGGAUUUAUUCAGUACUUGCACAACAAUCAGACUCCAGUUUAGCAAUCAUUCAUUAUGGGGAUUCAUAAACAUAUGAAUAUCCAAAAAUUGUAUGAUGUCACGUGAGCAUACAUACAAAAUAAAGUGGAAGGGCAUUUAUUUUCUGAAAAUUUAACAAAUUAUGUUCAGAGAAUUCUGAUCGUAUAAAUAUCCACAAGUAUGUCCAAUGUAUGAAAUCCUACCUUUUUCGAGUUUGUUAUAUAUGAACUACUCAGAAAUAUGUUUGUCUGUUUCUACAAAUUAAACUUAAAAUCUU